CAAGUUAAUCCGACUCUGUCCAGCACAUCGAGCAUCUAUCUUGCUCGAAUUCCAGUCCAAUGUACUUGUCUACUGUUGCACCGGGAAACAUCUGCGAUUCCUUCGAGCUUUAUGCAAACGCAUACGAACGUUCAGUUCUUCUUCGCGACUUCUACGGCAAGGAGGUCGCUUUGUUCUCUCAAACGCAAGGUUCUGAACCUGAGAAGGUGAACGCUAGAAAGGGCUUUCCUGGGGUUCUUGAAGGCCUUGAGGGCGAACGAAGAAAAACGCAAAAUCUAACCACGAUUUUUAACAAUUCCGAUAAAGAUGUCCUAAUCCAUGCAAUCGUGCAUGCCGGAUCCGAAUGGUAUGGAUGGAGGAAGUCGCACAGCAUUAAUACGAGCCCUACAGUUAGGCCUCAGUUAGGUCGUGGAAUUAUGAGGAAUACCCGGUCAGAUAUUCAGAGACAUGGAGGAGAACGCGAUUCAGAGAGCGCACGGACUUACACAUAAACGAACACUCAGAUGAAUACUUGAGAAUUGUGUAAAGGAAACUUGAGUUUUACUCGAGCGUCUUAUGUGUCUCUUUAACGGACUCUGGUUAGAAGUACUGAUAUGCAUCAUCUGCUCCUUCUAUACCGUUCGUUUCAUUUGCUUCUCCUUCGACCGUUGUUUCAUCCUUGAUCACAUUCCCCGGUCUUUAGUUUCUUUUCGUAGACA